UGUCCUCGUCCUCCUCCUUGGGUCCGCGCCUCUGGUCUCCCGGGACUGGAGGCGAGCUGAGGAGUGUCCAGGGGCGUGUCUAAACCGCCCCUCGCCCCCCGGCUCUUCGGACUCCUGGGGCUUCGCUGUGUGAGGCCCCCGGGUCCUGCGUUCCUGGAAAGGCUGCUGUCGCUGCGGUUGGGGCUCGGACGGAAGGCGAGUCUCGGGAGGCGCGGAACGGCGGUGCUGGGAGACUCGACCACCUGGAGAGCAGGUCCAGCCCAGCGGCCAAUGUUGGUUUACUACUAAUGGGUGUGAGCAAGUUAGAUGUUCUAUACCGGAGACUUCUCCUCACAAAGCUUUUUAUCAGAGGAUGGGGAAGGCCAGAGGAUCUCAAAAGACUCUUUGAAUUUAGAAAGAUGAUUGGAAAUCGAGAAAGAUGUCAGAAAAUGGUUUCAAGUGAUUAUCCAGUAUACAUCGAUAAGAUUGAAGAACAGUCCGACUGUAAGAUACUAGAUGGACACUUUGUUUCUCCUAUGGCCCACUAUGUGCCUGAUAUCAUGCCCAUUGAAUCUGUUAUUGCAAGGUUCCAAUUUAUUGUGCCUAAACAAUGGAACAGCAAAUAUAGACCCGUAUGCAUUCAUCUUGCUGGAACAGGAGAUCAUCAUUACUGGAGACGACGAACACUGAUGGCUCGUCCUAUGAUUAAAGAAGCCCGAAUGGCUUCUUUGUUGUUAGAAAACCCUUAUUAUGGCUGCAGGAAACCCAAGGACCAACUGCCUGCAAGGGGAGAAGUCAGAAGGUCCAGCUUAAAAAAUGUGUCUGACCUGUUUGUGAUGGGAGGAGCUCUUGUUUUAGAAUCCGCAGCUCUCUUGCACUGGCUGGAGCGGGAGGGUUAUGGCCCUCUAGGCAUGACCGGCAUAUCCAUGGGAGGACAUAUGGCUUCCUUAGCGGUAUCCAAUUGGCCUAAGCCUAUGCCAUUGAUUCCAUGUCUGUCUUGGUCCACAGCAUCUGGGGUCUUCACUACGGGAGUGCUGAGUAAAUCAAUUAAUUGGAGGGAGCUGGAAAAGCAGUAUUAUACACAGACAGUUUAUGAAGAAGAAAUUAUUCACAUGCUUGAAUAUUGUGGAACAGAUUCUUUCAAAAUGGGACAAGAGUUCGUGAAACACUUCCCUAGCAGUACAGACAAGCUCACUAACCUUAAUCUGGUUUCUAGAACUUUAAAUUUAGAUAUGACAGACCAAGUUGUGUCCCAAAAACCUGCCGAGUGCCAUACAUCUAGUAAAACAUCUUUCAGUGCCACAUCAGAAGGACUCUUGUUGCAAGAUACCUCUAAAGUGGAGUGCUUCAGUCAAACACUUUCAAAUAACAAAAGUAGUUACACAAGUUGUAAUCCUCAGUCAUACCACCUACUCAGUAAAGAACAAAGAAGAAAGAACCUUCAGAAAGAAUCUUUAAUAUUUAUGAAAGGAGUCAUGGAUGAAUGUACUCAUGUAGCAAAUUUCUCAGUCCCAGUUGACCCUAGCCUCAUUAUAGUGGUUCAAGCCAAAGAAGAUGCCUAUAUUCCACGAACAGGAGUUCGAAGUCUACAAGAGAUUUGGCCUGGCUGUGAAAUCCGUUAUCUAGAAGGGGGUCAUAUCAGUGCUUACCUUUUCAAACAAGGACUCUUCAGACGAGCCAUCUAUGAUGCAUUUGAACGCUUUCUCCGUAAAUAUGCUAACUAAUUGGAUCGCUGUAAUCAGUGUGGCCAUCAUGUUUCUUACAAAAGGAAUUUCAUUCUUGAUGAUGUGAAGAACAAGCAGACAGAACCAUAUAUCUAACUGCUACCAAUUUAGUCUGGAAUUCAGUGUUACGAAUCAGUCAACUAUAAUCUUUGAAUGCAUUUUAAUAACUAAACCAGUUUUUGAAAGGAUGUUGGGAUGAAAGGAUGUUGAAGUAUUUUGUUAUUGUUUGUGGGAAUCCCAUAUACUUAAUAAUUUGUUUUUACUAUUUAUGAAACCUUUAAAUGUUUAAUUAUAAUUUAUUAAUUUAUUUUAAUUAAUAAGUUAUUAAUUAAAAUGAAUUUAUUCAUAGAAACCAUGGGUUUUUAUAGAACUGCUAAAUCAAAGUUAUAAUACAUCAGCCUGUAUUGUAUACCCUUAUAUAUUUCUACUAUUGACUUUCUUUGAGAAACAUGUUUAUUUUUUUUUAUGGAACUAUAGUGAAUUUAUAAUCUUAUUUUCACCUUUAAUUUUCUGCCAUGGAAAUACUUUUGAUGUGUAAAAUCAGUGUUAACUUUGAAUUCUAAAAAUUCCUGAUCGUUUCAUAUUUAAGUGAUUUAAUAAUUAAAAUGAAUGUGAAAAUGCAGAUAAGAUGUAUAACACUUGGCUAAACUUUAAAACUGACAAAUAUUAGGUUAGGAAAAAAAGCCAAACAUAAUUGUCUCCUACUUAAAAACUUUCAAUUCAUGAAAAAUGGAAAUCUGUUAUAUUAAUUGAUAGAUGUCGUGUCUUCACAUUUUCUUACAUACCUACUUUGCUAAACACCUAACUUUACUUUAGGCCAAGUACUUACCAGCUUUGAUUUUUUUUAAUUUCAAAAAUUAAUGGUCACAAUGGAAUCGAUUUGUCUCAAAUAAACUUUACAGAAAAGAUAUAACUACUAACAUUUUAUAAAUUGGAAGAUUUCAUGGCUAGAUUUGGUGCUUUCUUUUCAUGAUAAACUUCUCAAGCUGAGAGCUAAAAUAUUCUUAAAAAGUAGAAAAUAUAUUUGGGUAUUGUGUCAAGGCUUGCAAUAAAUGUAUUGGAGUUUUAUUUGUUUGAAAUCUGUGUUGUCUAUAUUUUUAAAUUGUAGUCUUAAUCUAGUAAGGAUAUUUGAAUUAUAAUGUGCCUUUGUAGCAUUUUUAAAGGUGGUUUUAUUUGUCACUCUAAUGCCUUCAUCACUUUUUUAAAAACUUUUUAAAAAUUAUUACUGUAAAGUCAUUGAUGGCAAGAGAUGCAAAUUCUUUUUUUUUUUCUUUUUCCUUUUUCUUUUUUUUGGAGUUAUAAAUUCUGUAAAACUGCUUUGGUGUAACAAACUCACAUGGUUACAACCAUUUGAGCUAUAGCAAUUUUACAUGUUCAGACUAGAACCUUUACUUUUAACUGAAACUAUAAAAUCUAAAGUCCUUCAAUAAUAUGCCCUUUAAAGAUAAAGUAAUACUUGUUGCCAACAUGAAUUACAAGUAUUUUCUUUUGUAUAUUGUGAGGCAGUAUUAUUGAAUGUUUUCUGAACAGUAGCUUUAGUAAAACCAAUACUUAAUUUUUCACGUAAGAAUUUCUCACUAAGAAAUAAUGCACUAUGGUGUGUGACUGAAAUUUUAUUUCAUUUUAAUUAAUUCUUAGGCAUAACUAAUUUUUCCCAAAUGUGAAAAAAGAUAUUUAAAAUUUUUAUCUCUUAACCAUGUUUUGAGAAUAUAUCCAUGCAGUUCCCUAAAGUGAUAGAAAGUGCAAAAUACCUUUUCUUGAAGUUUUUAUCCACUCCCUGCAAAAUACUGACAAGCUUCAUCACACACACACGUGCCGUCUGUCAUUUGGGUACAUAAACUGCUAGAAAUUAUUUAGACCAAAGUUGCAAACUGGCAUGGCAGUUAUAGAGGCCAGCGUGGCCCACAGCUGUUUUAUCCUGUGUGCAUAACAUUUCAAAAUUUGAAACAUGCUUAGAUUGGCAUGCAUUCCCAGUUUGCCACAAUCCCCUGGACUCCCUCCUAUAUUAGACUAACUUCACUAGUUUGUGUUUUCUACUUAUCCCUGAAGAUUCUGAGUUUUAGACCCCUGAUUUAGGUUUGUAAUUAGAAAUUUUUUCUGAAUUUUGUGAUUUGCUAACAUUGUAAUUACUACUAAACAAUUUUAGCAUAUACAUUUUAGAUUGUUUCUUAUGAAUGUAUUUCUAAUGUGGUGCUUUCUCUUGUAAGGACUAUUGAAUUGUUAACACUGUACUGAAAUUUUUAAAGUCAUUUCCAAAUAUUUUAUACUUCACAAUAAAAGCUUAUUUAAAAAGUUAA